AUGGAUGGGUUUCUCUCCAAGGUUGGGAUUCCAAAUGAGAACAUCUACGCUAUCGACAAACACUAUGCAGCUGAUGGUGACGCGGAGAACUGCGCGAUGCUCUACGAGGAGUGCUUGAGGAAACUGGUGAAGCAAAACAUACUUCCACUAUGUACAUAUGGCAAGUAUCAAUAUCCUCAGUUCGAUCUCCAGCUUCUAGGGAUGGGUCCUGAUGGCCACAUGGCGUCUCUCUUUCCUGGACAUCCUCAGAUCCAUGUGAUUGACAAAUGGGUCACUUACAUCACCGACUCUCCAAAACCGCCACGAAAAAGAAUCACAUUCACUUUACCGGUCAUCAACUCGGCUUUGUACAAUCUCAUGGCCGUUUGCGACGACCACACAGAGCAAUGUCCACGUUCCAUUGCUGAGAUCUUUAAGAACAACAAUCUCGCCUUACCUGCUGCUAAUCUUACUGCUCAAGUCGAAGAAAUGUGGUACCUCGACCAAGCAGCUGCCUCGAAGCUUUAG